AUGUGGUACUUCAACGAGUGCGCCAGCAACCCUUGUCGUAACGGAGGAACAUGUAAUGAUGACGUCAACCGUUAUAUGUGCCAGUGCAUGUCCGGAUGGGCAGGAGUUAACUGUCAAAUAAACUUGAAUGAAUGCUUGAGCCAACCUUGUCUACACGAUGGGAUUUGCUUGGACGGAAUAAACAGUUACACAUGUCAGUGUGGAGAUGGAUGGACAGGCACCAAUUGUGGAAUUGACAUCGAUGAAUGUUCCGAUGAACCGUGUGAAAAUGGCGGAGUCUGUGUGGACGGGUUGAACAGCUAUACAUGUACAUGCACUGAAGGAUGGGAAGGGUCAACAUGUGGUGUUAACAAAAACGACUGUGUCAACGAUCCUUGUCAAAAUGAGGGAGCUUGCUUGGAUGGACUGAACAGUUAUACAUGUCAAUGUACGGAGGGAUGGGAAGGAAGCAACUGUGAAAAUGACAUUGAUGAGUGUAGCAGCCAGCCUUGUGGUAAUCAAGGUAUUUGCCAGGAUGAGGAGAACGGUUACACGUGUACAUGUGAGGAUGGAUGGACUGGUACACAUUGUGAAACAGACAUUGAUGAGUGCACCAGCCAGCCUUGUGGCAAUCAAGGUAAUUGCCAGGAUGAAGAGAACGGUUACACGUGUACAUGUGAGGAUGGAUGGACUGGUACACAUUGUGAAACAGACAUUGAUGAGUGCACCAGCCAGCCUUGUGGCAAUCAAGGUAAUUGCCAGGAUGAAGAGAACGGUUACACGUGUACAUGUGAGGAUGGAUGGACUGGUACACAUUGUGAAACAGACAUUGAUGAGUGCACCAGCCAGCCUUGUGGCAAUCAAGGUAAUUGCCAGGAUGAAGAGAACGGUUACACGUGUACAUGUGAGGAUGGAUGGACUGGUACACAUUGUGAAACAGACAUUGAUGAGUGCACCAGCCAGCCUUGUGGCAAUCAAGGUAAUUGCCAGGAUGAAGAGAACGGUUACACGUGUACAUGUGAGGAUGGAUGGACUGGUACACAUUGUGAAACAGACAUUGAUGAGUGCACCAGCCAGCCUUGUGGCAAUCAAGGUAAUUGCCAGGAUGAAGAGAACGGUUACACGUGUACAUGUGAGGAUGGAUGGACUGGUACACAUUGUGAAACAGACAUUGAUGAGUGCACCAGCCAGCCUUGUGGCAAUCAAGGUAAUUGCCAGGAUGAAAAAAACGGUUACACGUGUACAUGUGAGGAUGGAUGGACUGAUACACACUGUGAAACAGACAUUGAUGAGUGCACCAGCCAGCCUUGUGGCAAUCAAGGUAAUUGCCAGGAUGAAGAGAACGGUUACACGUGUACAUGUGAGGAUGGAUGGACUGGUACACAUUGUGAAACAGACAUUGAUGAGUGCACCAGCCAGCCUUGUGGCAAUCAAGGUAAUUGCCAGGAUGAAGAGAACGGUUACACGUGUACAUGUGAGGAUGGAUGGACUGGUACACAUUGUGAAACAGACAUUGAUGAGUGUAGCAGCCAGCCUUGUGGCAAUCAAGGUAUUUGCCAGGAUGAAGAGAACGGUUACACGUGUACAUGUGAGGAUGGAUGGACUGGUACACAUUGUGAAACAGACAUUGAUGAGUGCACCAGCCAGCCUUGUGGCAAUCAAGGUAAUUGCCAGGAUGAAGAGAACGGUUACACGUGUACAUGUGAGGAUGGAUGGACUGGUACACAUUGUGAAACAGACAUUGAUGAGUGCACCAGCCAGCCUUGUGGCAAUCAAGGUAAUUGCCAGGAUGAAGAGAACGGUUACACGUGUACAUGUGAGGAUGGAUGGACUGGUACACACUGUGAAACAUUACACCCCUCUGUAUUAGCCUUGGGCAAGGAUUCAACAUGCAGCGAUGGCCUUGGGCUCAACUACACCCUACCUAUGUUCGAGGUCUGCCGGGAACGCCCCGAUGAGAAUGGGAAGAUGGUGGCUACAAUCCCCAAGAUAAUUCUACGCCGCGGGGACGGAUCAUGUCCCAACUCUGGGAGGGCAAGAUUAUCUGGGUACCGCCAGUGUAGAUUCCCGGACUUCAACGAGUGCGCCAGCAACCCUUGUCGUAAUGGAGGAACAUGUACUGAUGAUGUCAACCGAUAUCUGUGCCAGUGCAUGGCCGGAUGGGCAGGUGUUAACUGUCAAAUAAGUGAGUAA